AUUGUUGGACUGUGUUUUGGUGCUCCACUCUGCAGAUGGCAGCAUCUGAAGCGCUGUCAGGUCUCGUUCAUGUGUUGGUUGGAUCUGUGCUGUGCUCAGUCAGUGUAAUCUCGUCUCUCCAGUGCCGACAUGGCGACUGUGAGGACGCUCGUAUGCUCCACGACAGCCUGCAUCUGAAGCGGCUCCUGAGGGCCAGCAUCACCGUCGCGCUCCGUGUGUUCCUGGACGAACGCAUACUUGCACACAGUGGAUUUAUUGUCGGGGCUGAGCGAGGAAGACCAUGGUGGAACACGGUCUAACGUCAUUGGCGGGACAGAGGUUAGGGGCCCCAGAGACUCUGGGGAUCAGCACCCUGGAGCCCGGACACAAACCGCCUGCUAUGCCACCUGGACGCUUGGUGUCCAUUAGAGUCUUGCUACUGGAUGACUCAGAGGAGAUAUUCGACAUAUCGCAUCGAGCAUCGGGCCGGGUUCUGUUCGAGAUGGUCUGCUUGCAUCUGAAACUUGUUGAGGGGGAUUACUUUGGCCUGGAGUUCCAGAGCCGUCACAGAAAGAUGGUUUGGUUGGAUUUACUAAAGCCCAUUAAAAAGCAGAUCACACGGCCCCAGCACACUGUCCUUCGGUUUGUUGUGAAAUUCUUCCCACCUGAUCAUACAGUGCUGUUGGAAGAGCUGACCAGGUACUUGUUCGCGCUGCAGGUAAGGCAGGAUCUGGCCAGCAGACGUCUCACCUGUAAUGACCCAAGCGCUGCUCUGUUGGUGUCUCAUAUCAUCCAGUCUGAGAUUGGUGAUUUUGAGGAAACUCAGUGUAGACAGCAUCUACUUAACACCAACUAUAUCCCUGACCAGAUGGCCCUGAUGGACACAAUCAUGGAGUUCCACCAUAAACACAUUGGACAGUCUCCCGCAGAGUCAGAUUACCGGUUACUGGAGGCUGCGUGCAGGUUGGAGAUGUACGGCAUCCGACUCCAUCCUGCUAAAGACAGUGAAGGAACCAAACUCAGCCUGGCUGUAGCACAUGCCGGCGUCGUCGUGUUUCAGGGACCCAACAGGAUCAACGACUUCAACUGGUCUAAAAUACGCAAGCUGAGUUUCAAGAGAAGGAGGUUCCUAAUUAAACUGAGAGCAGACCCUAGCCAGAAUGUUAAUCAAGAUACUCUGGAGUUUCUGAUGGCGAGUCGGGACUGCUGUAAAAUGUUUUGGAAGAUCUGUGUGGAGUAUCACGCUUUCUUCAGGCUUUUUGAGGAGCCCAAACCCAAACCUAAACCGGUGCUGUUCAGCAGGGGCUCAUCCUUCAGGUUCAGUGGGCGGACACAGAAGCAGGUGAUAGAUUAUGUGAAGGAAAAUGAGUUUAAAAAACUGCCCUUUGACAGGAAACAUAGUAGAGUGCAGUAUAACAGCAACCUGUCACCUCUGAGUCACCAAGUGCCAAAUCAAGCUUUCAAGCAGAGCUGGGAGGGCUCAUUUUUAGUAAGCUCAGAAGAUUCUGAGGUAGUAAGACCAGGCGGAAACUCAUCCCCUUCAACUCAGCGCAACGGAUGUAGUGACCAAACGUAUACCAUUCAGGAGCACAGCAGAAGCCCGGCAGCCAAGCAGUCGCCGAUCGAUCGAGCAGGUCUGGCGUCCCUUGCAGCUAAAGGCAGCAGCUCAUCCAUCCCAUAUAUUGACUGCAGUGAUGCAGAGUUUAGUGAACAGGAAGUCAGAGGUCGGGUCAGCAGGUCACACUCACACACGCGCGAUGGCAACAGUGACAGCGCUUAUGGCACAGUGUUUGGUUCGCCCCGGCCUCCUCAACAGGGCAGAUACUUGGGCAAGUUGAGGCAGAAAGAGUCUCCACCUCUUUCCCCUGUAAACCAAGCCGAGAGCCCCGCCCACAGCUAUCCCAGCCCCUCCUCUCCAAAUCAAAGUGCUAACAUUUUUGAGUCGUCAUAUUCUGGAGGCAGGGUACGUGGGCCACUUCAUAGCACACUAUUGGAAGAGUUGGCCGCAAAAUGCUCCUUAAACCAACACACAGGCACCAGGAGCCUGACCUCUAGCCCCGCCCCCUCCUCAAUUCACAGGACCAGCUCAUUAAGCUACGCCCAGUAUAAUGGACACACCAGGCAGAGCUUUAGUUCAAAAGCAGGAAGGGAGGAAAGGGGAGGACUAUUUAGUAGCUGCUCCCCAAUUAUGAAUCGUUCAGCAAACAAGUCCCAGAACACCAUUAGCCAGUUGGAAAGAAUCUCAAAUCAGCCACAAACUCCCGUUCUCUCCCAUGCCGAGAGAAUGUCCAUGUUGGAGCGCCGAAUGCUGGCCAACGGGCUCACGCCUCCCGGCAAGGCCAAUCUCAAGCUAAGCUCCCCGCACCGGCGCUUCGGGGCUGUGCAGAUGAUUGACGGCUCCACCAGUAGUGGAACAGACACUAGCGACUCUGAAGAGGCAGAGUCUACUGGCUCCUGCAGCCAUUCAAUAGGGUUUGAAAACCAAGCCACUCGUAGUUCAUCCCACCUCCCAAGAAACAAGUACACGUUCGAAAGCUUGCAGUUAGAUGAGCUUGACAAUGAAGGAGGGUGUGUGAACCUCAGUGAUGAGGAAGGGAUGCAAGUGUUUAACUGCUAGCAUUCUAGUGUGAAAACGUCAUUACAAUGUGCUUCUCGGCAAUGCCAC